CAGCUAAGACUCAGACUGAGGCGGCACAGUUUUGUCCUUUCUUUUCCUGCAUUUUGCCUCCUGUUCUGGGCUCAGAAGCAGUUCUACUUAAUAACAAUAAAAACAAAGCAGCUGAAUGAGAGAGAAAUGCUCAUUUUAUCCUUCCCAGAUGGCAGGGCUGCCUCAGGAUUCCUAGUUAAAACUGAAAGUUUCCCACUCCGCUGUGAUCAGCAGCCAAGGAAAAAGAUGACCUUCUUUUCCCAAAGGCAGUGCCAACAAAGCUGAACCACUGCUUCCCCAAGCAAACAAACAAGAAUUUAACAACAUCAGCAGCCACUUGCUUCGAACGUGGUACUUACUAAAGCGUUUUACUAUUCCAAGCGCUCAUCUGGGGUUGAAACCUGAGCCUACAACCUCUGGAUCACUGUGAGCACUGCUUUGGACGAAGCCACUCACCAAAGCAAGAUCUUUGGAUAAAUACACAAAAGCUCAGGCAAAGAUGAAGUAAUUCUGUGCAAUUUAAAAUUGCUUUUCUCGGUUUAUACACUGUAGUAACAGGAAAGCUUACUACAGACGGAAAAAACACCACCAGGUCACCAGCCAGAGGCUGUGCCAGCCCUGCCAGCUCUUCCCGCCCUUUCCCUGGCCGGCCGCUCCCUCUCUCCCUCCCUGCCUCACAGCCACCCCCACAGGGAGGGCCUAGCGCGGCUGCCGCUGACCGCUCCCCGCGUUCCCGCCAGCGGACGCGGAGCUACCGAGCAGAGAGGAGCCGGUGAAGCAGUUGGCAGCCGAAGUGCUCUCCGUGCAAACCGUCCGAAGCGGGACGAACGGCAACCGGAGACGAGGGGCGCUGCCGCCUUCCUGCCUAAAGUUGCAUCAUGAUCUCUCAGGAAGAAGCUGAAACUGAAGAAACAGUAACUUGUCUCCACAUGACCUUUUACCAUCCUUGCCAAGAAGACAAGAUGAUGUUUCGGUGUUUGAAUUUCUGUAAGAGAGAACAGGUGAGGGCAGAUGAGAUGGCCAAGUUUGGCCGCGACUCAAACAUCUGCCACUACAACUUACUGGACACUCGUGUUUCUCGGAUUCAGUUCUCAUUGCAGUUCUACAGGAAACUCCACAGCUCAGAAUCUUGUUUUGAGAUAAAGAACAUGAGCAAGAAAACAAAACUGAUUGUAGACAAAACAGAACUGGGAUACUUGAACAAAAUUGACCUACCGUGGAAGUGCAUCAUUUGUUUUGGAGACUACCAGAUCUUAGCAGAGAUUCAAGAAGGGGAGGCCAUGGAUUAUUUUGAGACUCACUUACACUUGGCUCAAGUGCCAAUCUUACAAGAAAGAUGCCUGCCAUCACCACAGCCUGUACCAGAGAGUGGCUUUUCUUCUUCCUCCAUGUCCUCCCAAGACAAAAACCCAAUAGAGAUUGAUGAAAAUGAGUCCUGCUAGCAGGGAGGAGGAGGCUGGGUCAGAUCUGGAUUGUCUGAAAACUCAACUUCCCAAACUGAAGGCUAUCAUCUCUAUCCACUGUUCUUGAUGGUUCUCACCACUGUACAGCAGUCUUCUUGCUGUUCUCAGCAGAGACAUGCCAUAACAUCCCUUUUCAACACAAACAGCCUCCUGCCACUGGCUCCACCAGGGCAUGCCUGCUCUCUGAUCCUCACCAUUCAUCACAAAUGUGGGAGAUACAGAGUCACUCAGACCUCUGCAACAGACUCAAUUCAAGAACUGUGACCACAGACUUUGAAGGUAUAUUUAACAGGCAUUCAUUAAUACAGAGCAUGCAGAACAGUAUUUUAGCCUUUGGUUAAGCCAAGUAGGGACAUGUCAUCUCACUGCAUUUGUUUUGGACAUGAAAUUCCCAACAGUAUUUCCAAGCCUAGGUUGUAACUUCUGGAUUUUGAUGCACUUUAAGUUGGUUUGUGUUUUUAUUAACUUUGCAGCAAGUUUUUUGACUGUUUUUAAAUUCAAAGCUAGUUUUUUAGUGCAAGUUAACUACUUGUGUUUGUGAGUGUAAAUAACCAUGCCAUGUCAGUGAUCAUGCAUGUAAAAACCCAGAUAAAUUUUGUAAUAAAAACAUUUGGUUGCCUAGUAAAGGUCUUCUGCAACUACAACCUAAAAGCACUUACAGUGAAUAAAAUUCUUUAGGACAAUCUA